UCUUCCGUAGAAAUGAAUAAGACUGAAAAAAAAAAAAUACAAAUUCACGUCUGUAGAUGACAAAUGUGAUGUUUAACUAAAUUUAUUUUUCCUUAUUGAUAUGGUUGAAUUGGAUUAUCGAAGGUCAGUAGUAAAGACAUAGGUUAAUAAAGUGAGAUUAAAUGCAUAAAGUAAAUGUGUUAAUAAAGUUGUAUUUAAUAAACUUGCAUUACUUGUUUGAAAAAGCAACUCCGAAAUUUUGUUGUAAAUUUAAAUGUUGCAUUACUUUAGUUAUUUGUAAUCUGAUUACAAAAUUUACGUUACUUGUAAAGCGUCACCCCCAGCACUGAUUUUGAGAACAUCUUUGAUUAGCAAAAUUUCAUAUGAUUAAUUAGUAUCAUUGCUAAGAAAAUGACAGAUAUUAUGAGCAUAUUCAUUAUUUAUUGUCUAAACUUAUUGCAAGAGUUCAUUUGUGUAGGAUGCAUAUGUGAAAGCAUUCAUUAUUUUCUCUGAUUAGUUCAACAAAAACAGUAAAAAUUAGUGGAAAAAUAUAAUACAAGUGUAAGUUUUCUGUUUUGAUGUAAACUGUAGUUACACAACCAUUUUAAAAUAAUAAUAAAAAAACAUAAAACUGCAGGAAUUUGCUCAUGAAUCUAGUGUAUUGUGCUUAUCUGGUAAUUAGUGCACCUGCUUUAUAAAGCGAGUUUCCAUGUUGCAUAGCCUAGUACAGUGUAAAAACAACGUGGCUGGUUCAUGUGGCUGGUUUUAAGUACUUCAUGGUUAAAUCAAGUAUAAAUACCUUUCCACAUGUUUACUUUUUACUGUGUAGAUUCCAGUAUGCCUAUAGGCAUAUAGACCUAGGUCUAUAUACAUACUAGAAUCGACACAGUCAAAAGCAAUUAAGGUAAAAAGCACUUAAUUGCAUUGUUUUCACCAAAAUACAAUGAAGCUAAUUAUAUACCUUUAAGGGUUAAAUAGAUAUUUGACCCUCAAAGGUAUAAUUAGCUUAACUGCAUUUGGUGAAAAAAUGAGGAAUGGCUUUAAGGGUGAAAAAAGAAAGAGGAAAGAAUGGCAUAUUGGCAAAAAAUCGAUGGCUUGAGAUGUAGACGUCAGCUAGGCGGGGGGUAAUAAAAACUCCCAUUCAUCCCAAGGAGGGGCAUAAUUGGCUUGACCACAUCUUGAAACCUCUCUCUGUGUGGCAAUAAUGUACUUCUGCAUUUAGCGUUUGGUGAACUCCAGUCCCACUGAAAUAAUGGGUUAGAAAACCCUCCACCGACUUUACAAAGCACAGACUUUCUUUUCAAAACAAAACUGAUUAAAUCCUUUACAUAAGCCAUAAUUAAUGGUGCAAUGAUUGAGUCCAACAUGAGUCGGAGUUGCGCGUGGUGCGCUGGAGGAGGUGACGGGACCAGCGCGCAUUUGGAUGAGAAUCGCUCAGAACACAGUCUGAGCCCGACGGGACACUUGGUGGUCGCGGUGUGCCUUGGAUUCAUCGGAACUUUCGGGUUUCUCAACAACACGCUCGUUCUCAUUCUGUUCUGUCGCUACAAAGUGCUGCGCUCGCCCAUGAACUGUCUUCUGGUGAGCAUCGCAGUCAGUGAUCUGCUGGUGUGCGUCCUCGGCACUCCGUUCAGCUUUGCCGCCAGUACGCAGGGACGGUGGCUCAUCGGACACGCGGGAUGCGUGUGGUAUGGCUUCAUCAAUUCAUGCCUGGGCGUUGUGUCUCUAAUCUCCCUGGCGGUGCUCUCUUACGAGCGCUACUGUACCAUGAUGGGGGCCACGCAGGCUGACUCUACCAAUUACAGAAAGGUGGCUAUGGGUAUUGCCUUCUCCUGGUUUUAUUCCAUGGUUUGGACUCUUCCUCCGCUGUUUGGAUGGAGCUGCUAUGGUCCGGAGGGUCCCGGCACCACCUGCAGUGUCAACUGGGCCGCCAGGACGGCCAACAAUGUGUCUUACAUUAUCUGUCUGUUUUUCUUCUGCCUUAUUCUCCCUUUUAUCGUGAUUGUCUACAGCUAUGGCAGACUCCUUCAGGCUAUCACACAGGUGAGCCGGAUCAAUACAGCAGUCAGUCGUAAACGGGAGCAGCGUGUGCUCUUCAUGGUGGUCACCAUGGUGGUGUGUUACCUGCUGUGUUGGCUGCCCUACGGGAUUAUGGCCCUGCUAGCCACAUUUGGGCGGCCCGGCCUGGUCACACCCGCAGCCAGCAUUGUUCCUUCCCUGUUAGCCAAGACCAGCACCGUCAUAAACCCCAUCAUCUACAUCUUCAUGAACAAACAGUUUUGCAGAUGUUUCCAUGCACUCGUCAUGUGCACCACCCCAGAGAGAGGCUCCAGCUUUAAAAACUCCUCCAAAGUCACCAAAACUCUCAGGACAGUGCGACGCGCCAAUGGCCAUAAUGUGACCUUCGCGGUGGCCUCGGCUGGCCGUCCUACUAUCUGUGCCCCAAACAGCGGAGGGCAGAAAAGUUCCUCAGACUGUGAGAAACCCUCUCCUGCUGUGGGUCAGGGCACCAACAGACCUGUUGUCUCUCUUGUGGCCUAUUACAAUGGUUGAGCUCAUACAGUCAGACCAAACCAGCACUAAUACAAUGGAAUCGGAGGUGACGGAGGUCACGGAUUGCGUAAAAAGAAAAGAGAGUUGAUAAGUGGGUGUGUCUUGGAAUAUGGAACUAGGACACGCCCCUCACUGACAAUCAAGUCAUGUUGCAUGCAUGACCUUUCUGGGGGGAAAAAAACAAAGAAUGGAUAUUGAAAGUGAACAGCUGGAGAAAGGGAUGACACUAAGUACAAGUAGGAAACGCGCACACGGAUCUAAUUUGAUCAUUUAUUUGAUGUUUCUUCAAUCCUGGAUGUGAAUGUGCUCGCAGAUUUUGGUGAGGUGAAACUGAUGAGCCGGUUUGUUUCUGAUAUUUCGCUACCAGUUCCUUCCUGUGGUUGGACAACAAGUGUAGCACAGAUGUGAUACUUUUCUUACUCUUCUUGUAAGCCUGCUCAUCGUGUGGACAUGUACAAGUACAGUAAGCUCAUGAAGCCCUGUUUGUUAAGGGAUAAGCCUAUAUGUUGCUGAAAUUUAAAGGGGUCAUAUCGUUUUCCUUGAUCUUUUGAAAUACAGUAAUAGAGUUUCAUAACUUCCUCCUCAAUCCAAAAACAGCAUCCGUUAAAUAUUGAACAUUCUGAAGUAGGGGUGUAACGGUACACAAACAUGACGGUUACGUACCUCGGUAUUGAAGUUACAGUUCGGUACGGGUUUGGUACAGCAGGGGGAGAUAAACAUAAAAUUGCUUCUUUUUUCUUCUUUUUUAUUUAACAGUGUUUUAUUGAAUAAGUUGUGUCUCACUCAUUAAAUAAAAUCAACUUCAUCUCAUCUUAUGCUUUAAUCUAUAUACGCGGAGCCCUUUCUUGCACAUUACUAUAAUAUAAAAAGGUUACAAUUAACAACAGAGCCCAAACUAUUAAAUUCAUUUGAUAUUUAAAUUUAGAUAUAAUAAUCAACACUCAUAAUAAUCAAACAUGUAAAUUGCACAGGUUAAGGCAGGUUGCAUUCACUCCUAAAUCUAAUUAUAAAAUUAUUUUUCAAUAUUUUUCUACUCCAAUUCAUUUUUGAAAUAUAAUCAUGUACACAGUUACUGUCAUAACUUGAUUUCAUGACAAAUUUAUUUAAA